AGCCGAUCCGUUCUGUAUCAUCAUCCUCGGCUUCACUGACGAUCAUGGAGAAGGAGAAAUCAGACAACUCUGAUGUGUCCCAAGGUAAUGCAUGGAAAAAGCUCUCUAAUGGAGAUACUCGGAAUGGUUUUCUUGCUGAAGACUCCAUCGAACGAAUGGGACAAACAUCUGAAGAACAAACAAUCGACCAAAUAUCAACCGAACAGGUUGUUGCAUCUCCGUUUACCAGUGGUAAUGCUGCUCAAACCUCAGGACAAACGCAAAACCAAAAUCAACGGAACCCACACAAGAACCAAGAUGGUAACAACCAUACUCGUCAAGGUCAUGGAGUAAGGCAGAACCAAGGACAUGUGAAUCCUCACAGGACCUUUAACGGAUCAGGCGGAUUUGUAAGACCACGACCACCACCAGUGCAGCCAUUCUAUGCUCAGUAUAUGCCAGUUCAUCAGACUUUUUAUCCUAUGGUCUUUCUUGGAUUACCACCACCGAUGAUGAUGUAUCAUCCUCAUCGCAUGCCCUUCAAGGAACCUCCUCAUGUCAUCGAAGAGAAUUUACCUCGCGACAUGUUCCUCCGCCAACACAUGAAUGAUGAGGGCUUCGUUCAUAUACAAGUUAUUGCGGAUUUCAAUAAGCUCAAAGCAUUAACAACUAACAUCCAGCUUAUACUGGACUCUCUACGAGGUUUAAAUGUUGUUGAAGUGAAGGGUUAUGAAAUAAGGAAUCGGCGAAACUGGAGAAAGUACUUAAUGCCUCGUGACUUGCGGGUUACUUUUAAUCCAGAACACGUCGCUUGAGAAAAAACACGUGAAAUUGGAUCAAGUUCGCUGAUACAACAACUUCAAAUCGAAGCUGAGGUUGUACGAGAGAAUUUGAUGGUCUUACGUGAAGCUUCCCACCUUUGGUAUUAGUAACUUAUUUGGUACGUUGACAUGUCGUCCCUGAAAAAAUCUCAAAAGAAGAAAAAAGAACCAAAAAAAGAUAGUGUAGGAGAAAAUCAAAGUUUUACGUCUCUAAUUUGCAGUUUUUUUUUUAUUUGAAUUGUUUCCGG